CGCGCGAUCCGAAUGACAAUGUAUGGGAUACAAUUGUCUAUAAAAGCGAUGCGCAGGCGCAGGACAUAAAGCGAAAGUGAACGAAAAUGAAGAAGCUGCUGUCUGUGAUAUUCCUGGCCCUGAGUGGAGUAUUAGGGGAGGCGCCAGCGCCGUACCCUCCUAGUGGGUUCAGACCCGCUGGUCCAGCUUUCGAGUUACCACAGAGACAGAAUACUCCAUCACAGCAAUACUUGCCAGUGGAUCCUCGAAGACCGCUGACUCCUAACAAUGAAUAUGGACCUCCCGAAGAAGAGGACGUGUCAGUUCAAGGUCUUCCUACACAGGAACAGCUACCAAUCUUCCAAGGUUCACCAAUAAAUGGACAGGAGUAUGUAGGACCAGCUCUGCAGACUGAUUUGAAGAACUUGGAUCAGAGUUUCCAGCAAAGUCAGUACCAACAACAACAACAGAGGUACAGAGAGUAUGCUAGACAAAAGGAAUUAGAAACUGCACGGGCAAGAAAUAAUGCUAACGGACAAGCAACCCCAGCUGUGCCCAGACAAUUCGUACCACGCACCACUAUUACUCCAGAACCUACAUUCACUACGACUGAGACACCAUCAACGACUGAAGCUUUAGAUCUGAAUGAAGGGGAAACUUUAGAAGAAUCUAAACCACAAAAGAAUGCAAAAACCUCAGUUGAAGUUUCUAAACAGAGAUUGCAAGAGUAUCCUGGGGAAUUCUUCUUAAGUUCUUUAGCUCAAUUGCAACUCCAGCAGCAAUUGGUCCCCAUACAGCAACUUGGACAACUAAGGGCACCAUUAUUCGUACCACCAACUCGAGAUGUUUCUCAAAGACAAGUCCUAUCGGGAUAUGAUGCUCAGACUCACUUCGCAGCUUUACCGUCAGUUUUAGCUCAAAGACAAGUGCUACAACCGCAAGGAGUUGUUCAGAAUCAACAACCGUUCCAAAACCCUGGUGUGUUGGUAGCACAGCAGCAACCCACAGGUUUUGCUCCAAGUCCUGUGCAACCAUUGAAUCAGUAUCAGCCUGUGGUUCCGCAAGUGCAACAGUUUCCACAAAUCCAAGCGCAACCCGCAUUUGGUCAACCACAACCAGUAAAUCCAAAUGUUUACGGACAACCUAGGCCCGAUACUGAAGAUGUUGAGGUGCAAGACCCUCAGUUGCUGUACCAACAAACGUACCAGCCCCAACUUUAUCAGCAGCCAAACAUUCAGCAGUUUCCUCAAGAACAACAGAACCUCUUGUUGUCCCAAGCUCAAGUGAACUAUCCUAACCAAAACCAGGGUAUUCCAAAUCAGCCACAGUCUGUGGGUCAACAGCCAGGCCAGUUCCCUCAACAGGGCUACCAGGGUCAGGAUGCGUUCCUUCAAAGCGGUUUAGACGUGAACCAACAAGGCAACGGUGUCGAAGAUGAUGAAUCAGACGAUCAAGACGGCUCGACGGCUACAUCUGUCGCCACAGCCUUUGGCACAAGGACACAACCUCGUGUGUACACACAGUACGGAGCGCCCGUCCCGGUACCGCGAGCUCAAUUGGACCCAAACUAUCAAACAACCACAGAAUCUACUGCUGAAGCAACUACUGAUGGUCCAGCUGUAGCGGAAGCGAGUGCAGUCGCUGUUGAUGGCAAGAGACGAAGCGCUAAAUUGAGGAGCCGCCGGGUACGUCCUGUCUUCACCUUGGACAGAUCCGGACAUUUAGUGCUGGCGCCUGAACAGAACUGAGUACAAUAGUCAAUUAUAUACGGCGACGAUGAUUACCACAGACACCCCCUUACUUAUUAAAACUACAUACAAUCAUGUAUACAAAGUAUAAUUACAACUGGACAACAAAAAUUUUAUGCAUUUGCUAUAUUUGUUGUUUUAAACAAAAUUGUUGGAUAUGACAAACAUAAAAUGUUAAUUUUCUAUUUUUCAGUUAUAUAUACAUUUAAAAAAUGAAAAUGUCUUUUAAAAACAAUACUACAAUAAUUAAUAAUCAAAUAAUAAAUGGUAAAUCCACAUAAAACGAAUGGCAUAGCCAUGCAUAAGCAAUACGUUUGAUGUUUUUUUUUUAGUUUUUGACAGUAUAUAUGUAAUAUUUAUUUUAUACAUUUAUUAUGAUAGAUGAAAAAUAAAGUCCCAUAAAUAAGACGAAUAAACGACAGCCGAUUACUAAAAAUCAAACUACUUAUGUUUUAUACCAAAGAUCUGAACGUAGCAUUAAAACAGCAAAACAACUUUAACUCCAACAAUUGCUCUUCAUUUUUUGCCCGUAAUUCAAUGGAAAUCAAAUAAAAAUAUUUUUUUGUUAAUUUUCCAAAGGCGUUUCAUCUUUCACCUCUUAUAGGAUAUAGGAUAGUUUAUUGUGUAAUUUUUUUUAUUUUUUUUUUAUCUUCUGUUGAACUUAAAUGUAAUAAUUAGCAGGCAAAAAUAACAAUGAAUUAUGUUGACACUUGUCUCUUUAUAAUAUUAAUAUAUAUUUGCGUUUAUAAUUAAUAAGUAAGGGGUUAAGAUAUUAAAAUACGCUUUAAAAAAAAACUUAAGUACAUACUAAGGUACCUACGAAUUGAUAUGUGAAUUUUCAAAUUUGUAACAUCGAUGGUUUGUAAGCACCUUUAUGAUUUAAAAACGUCAAGUUGGAUACUCAGUAAUAACUGCAUUCAUACUGACAAUGAGUAAAUUACAUAUUUAUAGUAGGUAGUAUUCUAUAUUU